AGGCAGAGAGGGCCGGAGGAAGGCAGACGGGCAGAGACAGAGAGAGACAAAGCUAGGGAGAGACACAAAGGGAAGCACAGAGACUGGACCCCAAGGAGAGGUGACCCCGACGUGUAUCCACAGAGCCGCGGAAGCCGCUGGGGCCAGCGCUGGGGAAGCAAUCCUGCCCUCCCGUCCCCAUGGGCCACCGUGGGCCAUGGCUGCACACUUCCCUCCUCUGGGCUGCCGUGGCCAGCCUGCUCCUCCCCCCCGCCGUGACCCAGCAGCUGAGAGGGGCUGGGCUCGGCCCCAGCAACUGGAACAACAACGCCGCGACGGAGGACGGGUCAGCCGAGUUGGGCCGCCACGUCCACGGUCACGGAGGCCGUGGAGAUGGGAAGGGGGGUGUUUCUGCUGAGAAUGGACCUCAUUUCCCGAGCCCUGGAGGCCACAGAGAUGAGGACGAAGAUGUCUCCAGUGAAGACGGGCGCCCAUUGCAAGGCCGCAGAUACCACGGCCACGAGGUCGGGGAAGAGAACGUGUCUGGCGAGGACGUCUUUGCAGAGCAUGCGGAGCAGGACCGAGGGCCCGGAAGUAAUGGGAAGGAAGAUGUAGGUGAUUCGGUUGAGCUGGGACACCACCUCCCCAGCCACAGGAACCACGGCCAUCAGGAGGAGAUCAAGGAUGAAGUUGUCUCCAGUGAGCACCACCAUGUCCUUCAGCAUGUACACCGAGGCCACAGAGAAGAAGAAGAUGAUGAUGAUGAUGGUGAUGAUGAUGGUGAUAUCUCCACUGAGUAUGAGCAGCAAGCUCACGGGCACCAAGGCCAUAGAAAAAAAGAAGAAGAAGAUGAUGAAGAUGAUGAUGAAGAAGAUAAUGAUGUCUCCACUGAGUAUGGGCACCAGGCCCACAGGCACCGAGGCCACAGGGAAGAAGAUGAUGAUGAUGAAGAAGAUGAUGAUGUCUCCACUGAGUAUGGGCACCAGGCCCACAGGCACCGAGGCCACAGAGAAGAAGAUGAUGAUGAUGAUGAUGUCUCCACUGAUUAUGGACACCAGGCCCACGGGCACCGAGGUCACAGAGGAGAAGAAGAAGAAGAUGAUGAUGAUGAUGAUGAUGAUGUCUCCACUGAUUAUGGACACCAGGCCCACGGGCACCGAGGUCACAGAGGAGAAGAAGAAGAAGAUGAUGAUGAUGAUGAUGAUGAUGUCUCCACUGAUUAUGGACACCAGGCCCACGGGCACCAAGGUCACAGAGGAGAAGAAGAAGAUGAUGAUGAUGAUGAUGAUGUCUCCACUGAUUAUGGACACCAGGCCCACGGGCACCAAGGUCACAGAGGAGAAGAAGAAAAUGAUGAUGAUGAUGAUGAUGUCUCCACUGAUUAUGGACACCAGGCCCACGGGCACCGAGGCCACAGUAACGAAGAGGAUGAGGAUGUCCCAGCUGAACACCAUUACCAUGACCCCAGCCACAGGCACAGAGGCCAUGGAGACAAGGACGAUGAAGAUGAGGAUGUGUCCACUGAACACUGGCACCGUGUCCCCACACAUGCCCACCACGGCCUUGGAGAAGAGGAGGAGGAAGAGGAGGAGAUCACAGUCACCAUGUUCAGUCACCACGUUCCAAGCCCCCAACCCCAAGGCCACCAGAGCGAUGAAGAAGACUUCCCAGAUGAAUCCAGAAAAGCAGUCCCUGGUCAUGACCACCACAGAGUACCCAGGGAGGAAGAUGAGGACGUCUCCGCUGAGCUUGGCCACAAAUCUCCCAGCCACAGGCAACACGGCCCUGGAGAUGAAGGGAUGGGCCACGGUCACGGAGGCCCCACUGAGGAGGAGCUCAGCCACCAGCUCCCAGAGCAUACAGGAGCCAAGGACAGAAGUGACUGGAGAGAUUCUGGGGAGGAAGAAGAAGAGGAAGAGGACCAUGGCUCCCAAGAGGAAGAAGAUGAAACUUCAGAGCAGGGAGAGAAAAGCACCCAGCACAGUGCCCUGGACCAGGAGGAUGAGGAGGAGGGCCAUGGCCUCAGCCUGAGCCAGGAGGAGGAGGAGGAGGAGGAGUACAGGAGAGAAGAGAGAGCUGAGGUUCAGGCCCCACUAGGCCAAGGACGCCAGGAGGAGGAGGCACCAUUGCCCUUCACCAUUAUUCCCAACCCACUGGCCGGGGGAGAGGUGGCUGGAGGUGCCUCUAGUGAGGAGGAGAGCGAUGAGGAUACCGGUCCAGAGGAUGCCCAAGAGUACGGGAACUACCAGCCAGGGUCGCUGUGUGGCUACUGCUCCUUCUGCAAGCGAUGCACUGAGUGUGAGAAGUGUCACUGUGAUGAGGAGAACAUGGGAGAGCACUGUGAUCAGUGCCAGCACUGCCAGUUCUGCUACCUCUGCCCGCUGGUCUGCGAGACGGUCUGCACACCAGGAAGCUACGUGGACUAUUUUUCCUCCUCCUUGUACCAGGCCCUCGCGGACAUGCUGGAAACUCCGGAACCCUGACCCCGCCGCGAGGCCGCAGCGCAGACGCACCUCCCCGGCCCUCCAGUCCCUUUCCACAAGCCCUAUUUAUUUCUCGGAAUAAACUUGCUCCCCGAAACCCCAACGUCAGACGCGGAGUCUGGAAUCUCAGGGUAUCAGAGAACGUGGGUGUGGGCCGGGGACCUGGACUCCCGGGUCCUCCGGGUGCUGGGUGUGGUUACUCAAGGCCCUGACAAAUGAAGCAGUCAACACGGGAGCUUUUUGA